AUGGAUCGUCGCCUUGACAUGGACCAGACCGAUAGCCCAGCAAGACGUGGGCCACUCUCACGGGCCAGACCACCGCAGCUCAAACUAUGCGGCUUUCGCUGUGGCUAUGGAUGCGAGGAGCCCACUGAGGACGAUGGCGACGGCGGAGGAGGAGGAGGCAGCGACGCAGCAUCUGAGACAACCUUGAUCGAAUCCAUUGGCCCACAAGGAAUCUCACAACGGGAGACAAACCAACGAGACCACGAUGCACACGUCCUCGAUACAGGAUCAGAGGCCCAACACUUCACCGAACUUAGCGAGCACUCAGACGAACAUGGCCUCGGGCGGUCCAGCAGCCUGGACGUCGCGUCCUGCGCCAGCAGUGACCGGAGUCGUGGCGUGUCCGCCCAUGGAAGCGUUCGCAUGGCCACACCAGGACCGGGUAUUGGUGUCUGGGCCGACGAUCAGUUGAGGCAUGUGAAUCGGUUCCCGCUAGAAUAUUAUUUCCUGCAAUCGCCUUUGCGGCUCAGUGCGCAGUAUGAACAUUGUCGCGGGGACUCGCUUUCGCACCUAGUCAAUCCGGAUCGGCCGCUGCGGGUUUACAUCUUGGAGGAUGUUUGCAUCGAGUAUAUGGUUGGGCAUCGUGAUGUCCUUGUUCCGAGAAUGGGAAAUAGUGAUUCCUGA